CUAAUCAUACGGUUAAUUCAAUAUUUUUCACUGAAACAUUUUCAUCACCGUUGUAUUAAUUUUAAAUUAGUUUGGCUAUCAUGGAGAGAAUUCCUGCUUUGUUUUGUCUAAUGUGUAUCGUCUGGAUAUGUAUUGUGGAAGUUACAACAAGAAAUGAUGAUGACAGAGAGCUAUUACAAGAACUAAUUGACGCACUUGCCUCUCCAAACAUAAACAGCGACGCCAGAAAUAGCCUAAGUAAGAAAGGGACGACACGAGACAUUCAGAAAAACGGAAAUGACGUAAGAAAGGGUUUCUCUCAUAGAUACAACGAUGACAAAUUGACAGGGUCAGAGAUAGAUGAUGAAAUUCGAGCACUUCUAAACGAAAUGGAAGCAGAUGAAAGAGCACAGGCAAGGAUGAUAUGGGCACAUGGUGAUAUUAUAAUUCGAGGUACAGACACAACCGCAAGCCCAAAAUCGUCGACGGGGCCGCCGCCGCAGACGAACCCUCCUACAACAACAGCUGCGACAACGACGGCUGGAACAACGACUACAGCUAAAUCAAAACCGUGUUAUGGCUGGUGGUUUUAUCGAUGCCAAAGACGAAAUACAAGAUUUAGAUUUCGUUUUUAGUUACUGUCGUUUGAGAAUGCUGGUACCCAAAGAGAAUCUGACAUUUAUGACCCUUGAGAUCCUGUCGUGGAUAAAUAACAGAUAGAAGCUAUAAGAAUAUUUAAAACUAUACAAGUUUUUUUUUUUCAAAACUAAAAUGUGAUGGCAUGGCGCUAAAGUAACUUCAGUUGGGAAACAAUAAUAUAAAGAGUUAAAAAUGUGUCAUUUCCCCUUUGAUCAAGCAAUUACAACUUGGUGAUAAAGGCAGCAAUUGAAAUAGAUUGAAAAUAUAC